UGAAAAAAAUUCUAAUGUGAAAAGACUGAUUCAAAAACAGUAAAAACUGAAUCCUAAAAUUGAAAAAAUUACGUAGGUACUAGGUAGGUACCUAUCGGUAUUAAUAAAUCCUCUCAAUCUGCGAUACAUGAUACAUUAACAAUAUGCACUCGAAGUCGGACACUCAUUCAUUAAUAUUGCAGCAUUAAGAAGAUAAGAUAAAGCGUCUUCAUUAGAGUACAAAUCCAUAUUAUCAAUUACACGCAUUGAAUAUUAAACAUUUCAACUCGAUAAAUUUUCCGAGUGAAAUCACGAAAACCUCAUUGAAGAGCGAAAAUCACUUGAAUACCAACUUAUCAGAUGCUAGAUACCUACUAACCUACUUGAUUUUUAUUCGUAAACGUUUCGUGUAUUUUUGAUGUAGUAGAACUCUCCAAUUACUCGUCAAACCACAAAAGAUGGAAAUUUCACCAAAUCUCAUUUGUUACUUUCUGAUAACACAAAUACACAUUGCUAGGGGACUGAAAAUUUUAGGACUAUUUCCGUUCCCCGCCAGAAGUCACUUUACAUUCAACAAUGCAGUUAUGAAAAGUUUAAUAGAAGAGGGUCAUAAAGUUACAGUAGUGACCUCUUUUCCUGAUCUAGCAUCACAGGAAAAUUAUUCAUCGGUAAUCGACGUUUCAAAGGACGAAAUACCACUUCUACAUACAUCAUUUGCUACCAUGUUUGAAAAGAGUUCGAGCACCUUAAUAUUUCAGGAGAUGGUAUUGAGUAUGGAAAAAUCGUUCUGCUAUAAAAUCAUGAAAUUACCAGAAAUUCAACUCGCAUUAAGCUCUAACCAGAAAGUAUACGAUGUUAUAUUCAUCGAAAUACUAAACCUGUACAGAUGUUUCACACCCAUCGCUGCAAAAUUGAACGUUCCAGUGAUAGGAACGGAAACGCUGAAAUAUCACCAUCAUGCGGAUUAUUCUAUAAGCAAUCCACAGCACCCCGGAUACAUUUUUUUUGAACCAGGACCGAAUCGCCAAAACUUGGAUAGCUUUUUAGGGCGUUUCAAUAGUGUGUGGAAUAACGUAGAAGCAAUUUUACAUAAUUACUUGCACGUGAUUCCUUAUCUGGAAAAAUUUCACGAAGAUUAUUCGCAUCAACUCGCAACCUCAAGGGCAUACACGGAUGUUGCACCUAGUUUAAUAUUUUACAACAGUCAUUCAUCGAUUUUAGCCAGACCAAUGGUUUCGAAUGCCAUUGAAAUCGGAGGUAUUCACAUGAAACGAGCUAAAUCUCUACCAAAAGACAUUGAAAAAUUCAUCGACGAAGCCGUACACGGUGUUAUUCUAUUUUCAUUAGGUUCGGUGCUCAAAGCAGCUACGUUGCCUGCUGAAACAAUAAAUGCUUUUAGAGAAGCAUUCGCCGAAAUCCCUCAACGAGUUAUUUGGAAAUACGAAAGUCAAUUGGAAAAUGUAUCCAGUAAUGUAAUGCUGCUAGAUUGGUUGCCUCAACGAGAUAUAUUAGAACACAAAAAUGUGAAGGCAUUCAUUAGCCAGUGCGGUCUAGGAGCCAUAAACGAAGCCAUACAUACUGCCACUCCAAUCAUCGCCUGUGCAAUAUGGGCAGAUCAAAUAAUUAAUGCUAAUAUCCUGAAGAAGAAGGAGGUCGCAGUCGAGCUUGAUAUUACAAAUGUUUCUAAAGAAGAUAUUUUAACAGCACUGAAUGCAAUUAUCAACGAUACGAAGUAUCAUAACAAUAUGGAAAAAUUAUCGAAAAUUUUCAAAGAUCGCCCAAAGACACCUCAACAAAGCGUAGUAUACUGGACCGAAUAUAUCGUCAAACAUAAGGGAGCGUCUCACUUGAAGUCUAUUUCUUCAGAACUGAACUGGAUUCAGUAUUUAUUAUUAGAUGUAAUAGUUUUCAUUUUGUCAAUUUUUAUCCUCAUCGGCACACUGUUGUAUUAUGCUUUCAAGUACACGUUGAUAAUCUUAACCCACAAUCUCUAAUGAAAAGAAGACAAUAGCAGGAUAUUUGGUACGGAAUUUUUAUUCUGUUUACAUACGUACAAAAAAAUAUGUAAGUAUAAUAGAAAAAAAAUAAAAAUGUUGAAAUUUGA